AAUCGAUAUUUUGAAUCGAUUAUUUGAUUGUCUCGGAGGAGGGGUACAGAAUCACAACAAAAGUUUAUAAAAAUCUUCGGUGUCGGAGUUCUGAAUUAAAGCAGUGCAUUAAACGUAGAAGUAGUGGAUAAAAUGGUGCUGGGCUCCGUUCCCAAGGCCGGGCUGCAGAGCAUUGUCUGCCAGUCGAUCCUGGUUCUGAUAUGUCUGGUGUGCUACGGCUGCGGCGGCCUCCGGGGGGCUACGUUUGUCUUCGACGACACCGUGGCCAUCGUCAAGAACCGGGAUGUCAGCGUACUGCCCACCAAUUGGACGGCAAUUUUCACGCACGACUUCUGGGGCGCCUCCCUGGUCAGCUCAGACUCGCACAAGUCGUUCCGGCCGCUGACCACCCUGAUGUUCCACUGCGAAUAUGCUUUGCUGGGCCUGAGCGCAGCUCACAUGAAGUUCCUCAACCUCCUUCUGCACUGCGUAAACACGCUGCUUAUGUGGCGACUAGUGCGAUCGCUGUAUGUGACGGAGAUUAAUACAGAGCGAUGGGCCACUAUUUCGGCGGCGCUGUUUGCUGCCCACCCGAUCCACACGGAAGCGGUAUCCGGAGUUGUGGGGCGCGCGGAGCUUAUGUUCGGAAUGAUUCACCUGCUCUGCCUACUGCUGACCGUGGCCAACACCGGAAAACACAGCUCCCACGCCGUUGGCCUCGUCUUGAUUCUCACCGCCGUGGGAAUACUCUUUAAGGAGUCUGCAGUCACCAUUCCGAUGUCGUGUGUGCUGCUGGAUUACUUUCAAAAUGGCUACUACCUGCUAUCGUACCGGGAUCAAUGGAACCUCGUGCGCUCCCGGGUGAGCUACGUCUUCUACUUGGUGGGGACUUCGGCUUUGCUAACUACCCGCCUGUGGUGGCAGAACUUUGAGCCGCCAAAGUUUAAGGAAGUGGACAACCCGGUCGCCUACAACGAGCACAUAUUGACUCGAGGACUGUCCCAGCAGUUCCUGCUGGUCAUGAACAUCUGGCUGAUGCUCUGCCCCCACUGGCUGUGCUACGACUGGGCUCUGGGCUGUGUAAAGCUGGUGACUAGCAUUUGGGACCUGCGGCUGCAGGGCGUUAUCGGAUUCUACUCCAUAGUGCUGGUGGCUCUGAAGAACUUCCGCCGCCUGCCCGGCAUGAUGCUAGCUUUGGGUCUGAUGGUAGUACCGUUCCUACCGGCUUCGGGGAUUAUCAGUGUUGGAUUUGUGAUCGCAGAGCGGACUCUGUAUGUUCCAUCCAUCGGCUUCUGCCUAGUGUCUAUCUAUGGGUUCCUUUACUGGUAUGAUAGCAGUUCGGGCCGACCUUAUUGGCGUCUUUGCCUGCAGGUUCUCCUAAUGGUUCUCCUCAGCGUGAUGAUGCUUCGGACUCGGCAACGGGCCACCGACUGGCUAAACGAGGAGCAGUUGUUCAAGUCUGGCUUGGAAGUGUGUCCGGACAACGCCAAGGUGCAUUACAACAUCGCUCGAUUGGCCACCGAUACAGGAAACAAUACCAAGGCGUUUCAGCACUAUCACAAGGCUAUUGAGUUGUAUCCCGGCUACGAGUCUGCUCUGAUGAACCUUGGUAACCUGUAUAGGGAGCAUGGUCAGCUGGCAACCGCCGAGGAGUACAUCAGACUGGCUCUGCAGGUCUACCCAGCUUUUCCGGCGGCCUGGAUGAAUCUGGGCAUUGUGCAAUCCGCUCAGAAGAAAUACGCCCAGGCCCUGGUCAGCUACGAGAAGGCGCUGAAGCAUAGGGCCAACUUCGCCGUCUGCUACUACAAUAUGGGGAAUCUCUACCUGGAACAGAAGCUCUACGCCGAGGCCCUGCAUCAUUGGCAGCACGCAGUGGGGCUAAAUCCCCGGCAGCCUAAAGCCUGGGCCAAUAUCCUCACCAUGCUGGACAACCGUGGACUCUACGACGACGCCCUACGCCUCUCGAAUCAAGCUCUCCUGCACUUGCCUAACGAAGUCAGCAUAAUGUUCAUUCGGGCCAAUGUUCUGGGCAAGAUGAAGCACUACGUUGAAGCGGAGAGGAUUUACAAGCGGGUCAUUGAGCUGGAACCCCACAAUAUGCUGUACCACACGAAUCUCGGAGUGCUCUAUCACCGCUGGGACAAGAGCCAGGAGGCCAUCGAGGCGUAUCGAAUGGCGAUAAGCAUUAAUUCAGGUAGAGCAACGACAGCGCGAGAGAAUCUCAACAAGCUUCUAAAACGCCUGGAAAGGGAGGCAAAGGUUGCCAUCGAAAGGUGUAAAAAAAGACUUCUUGUAAUAUCCAGGCCUACAUUCCGUGAGAUGGAAUAAUCCUGAUCUGCGCCAGAAUCUAAGGUUGUGUGUUCAGUCACUAGUCGCAAUAACCAAUAAUCUAUGUACUUAUUGGUAUCACUGAAAAUAGCUUAACUCAUAUCCAAAUCCCAGUAUUUCCUAUAUAUAACUUUAAAUAUACUUAUAAUAACUUAAA